AUGACAGCAAUGGUGGUUGCAGAGUUCCACCGAAUCAACAAUGUUAACCUGCGCACUCAAUUCUACAAGGAGCUGGACAGACACACGCCUAGACUCAUCACUUUGUUCCGAGACAAGGCCAUCAAGACUGGCAAGAUUGCAGAGGAGCUAGCAAAGCUCAUGAGAAUUUAUGACAUUCAGUCAGCAGAUGGUCCAGACCUCACUGACACUCCUGUGGCUCUGCUGACAGUUGUCACGGAUGACACUACUGAUUCGGCCCUUUUCAGUCCCAAAAGCAUCUGCAUUGUCGUUGAGGAUGAAAUACUUUUAAUUGAAGGUGUACUUGGAACCAAUUCAGGUGGUGAAGAAGUUCUCCAGGAAUAUCACACAACACAAACGCUAACAGAUGCUACCAGAAGAAAAAUGGUCAAUAUAAUAGUGGCUCACAUGAUUGCCAUGGGUAUGCACCUCCCCACCAAAGCUGUUAGAGAACAGUACGCGCUAGGGGUAGUGACAUUGUUCCCAUCCCUGAAAGACCCAUACUCCAAGAAAGGCUAUGUGAAUCAAGACUUCACUCUCCUGUUUGAUGAUGAGAUAUCUACCAGGCUGCUUCAGAAAUGGGAUCCAAUCUUUAGGUAUCAAAUCAUCAAAGAGGCCAAGCAGCUCACCUCAACAGUAGAGUUGCGUCAAUUGGUGCAGUCAGCAGAGAGUCCACCAGGAAAAGGACCAAAGUAUCAAAAAAUCAGCGCCUCUGAUGCUGUUGAGAGACUUGUAGUCUUUCAUAAGUCUUGCUGCAGUUUGGAAGAGCAUCUCCAGAAUCAGCAGAGUCAGCAGCCAUACCUCCUGGCUGUUGGGCGCCAGAAGAGGAAGGUCGACAGCUUCUAUGUUGCCAUAGACAAGCAUCUCAUCCCCUGCCAGGCCAGCCGCUCCCUUGGGGCAUUUGAUGAGCUUUUUAAAGCUCAUUUUGUGUUCAAUGUGUCUUAUGAUGCUGCACUUGUGAAUUUCUACACAUUUCUGCAGACAACAGUAUACAAUAUUGAUAUGGGGAAAAUGAAGGCGUCCCCAAGAGUUCGUGACCUGAGAGCCAAAAUCCUUAACCAGGAAAUUCUUCUCACAACCUAA